UUCCAAUGUGAAGAGCCAGUUUUCAAGGUGAAGGUAAAACAAGUCGUACUAAAACAAACAGAAGUUUGUUUGGGAUCGGUGACACAUUCGGUACUGUUAUUUGCGACUGGUUUAUUCGAUUCUUAAUGAUGGACUGCAGGAUUGAAAAACUGUACAUUUUGUUACAUUGUAUGUUAAUAUUUGGUGGUUCCUUGGCUGCAAACUUGAAUCAACUUACUAGUCGAGGAGAAUCUGAAAGAUUGCCCUUGUACGCUCCAGAUAAAUGCAAAGAUCCAAAUCAAAUGUUAUAUCCAGAAGACAACGAUUCGUGGACCUGUGAUUGUGGACCAGGAUUCAUUUACUACAAACCGAAGGACGCGUGUUUCUUACCCUACAGACAAGGUCCGUGCCCACCAGAAGAACACUUGAUCUUCAAUAAGUCUAAACGUACAACGUCCUGCUUAAAGAAUCCAUGCCAGGACGGAUUCGCCAGGUUCGAUGGUGAUUGUUUCGAAUUGGGUCGUCCGGGUGGUCCGUGUGGACGUCCCCAAGAUGUGGGACCGAAAAUCCUGGACGUGAAUUCGACCACGCUCGAGGUGGAGUGUCUGGACGGUGGGGCGGAAACGUUGCAUCUAUUCGACGUCGGCAGGAGAUGCAGUCCGGGCAGCAGGAGAGAUUCGACUGGGACUUGUCGUGACGUAUUUUGAUUUGAAUUUAUUUUACUAUGUUUAUUUAUUUCCUAAUAAACUUUACACUUAGAUAAUUGCACGUUCAUUAUCGAAGUAAUAAAUUAGUAGUUUAUCAAUGUCAUCAUUAAUAAUAAAUUGCAAAUGGAACUUAAAAACCUGACUAACAGUAAUUUUAAUAUUCUGAUGUUUUCAUCUUAUAAUUAGUGACAUAAGAUGUGUUAAUUACAAUUGGUUUUGGAAUCUUUAGCAAUGUACUUAAAUGUUGUAAUAUUAAAUUUUGUCAUGUAUACAUUAAUUAAUCGAUUUGAAUUUACGGUACAAGAAUGUCCAAUAGGAUUUGUUUAUCAUAAAGAAAGUAGUUCGUGUUAUACACCAUAUAUACAAGGUCCAUGUGAAGAAAGAGAAUAUCUCUUACCGAGUGGAUCAUACCAUAAUUCAAUGUGUAAAAAAAAUCCAUGCAAAAAUGGAUAUUUCAAAUAUGAAGGAAGUUGUGUACCCUUAGGAGGCCCUUGUUUUAUUGACGAUAAUCAAUUUCCAAAGACUUUGCAGGUGAAUCCUGUUAAUUUGAAGGUGGAAUGUAUGAUUUAUGGGAAAAAUCGAAUCUUUUACGAGUACUAUUAGUAGUAUAAUAAAUACUUUUAACUU